AUGAAGGUGCUCUCCCCCGAAGGAACGGCUCUCCCGGGGGGUUCCUACACUGGCAACAGGCAGAAGAUCAGAGGCCUCGGGUCCUGCCCACCUCUCUGCUCCAAAUACAAACCAGCUGAGUACAACAUCUCUGCAGCAGCCAUCUCCAUCUUCAGUCUGGCCUUCAUGAUCUUAGGAUCCCUGUGUUUGCUGGGAUGGGGGACUGGGAAAGGCAAAGGAAGAGACUACCUCCUCAAACCUGCUGGCAUGUUCUUUGCUUUUGCAGGUCUCUGCGCCUUCAUCUCACUGGAGGUUAUGCGCCAGUCGGUCAAACGCAUGAUAGAGAGUGAGGACACCAUCUGGAUCGAGUACUACUACUCCUGGUCCUUCGCCUGUGCCUGCGCCGGCUUUGUCCUCCUCUUCCUCUGCGGCAUUUCCCUCCUCGUCCUCUCCAUGCCUCAGAUGCCCAGGAAUCCAUGGGAGACGUGCAUGGACGCCGAGCCAGAGCAAGCCGAAUGAUUGAUGGAGAGAUCUUCAGCUUUACCUUGAAGACCCACUCCAAUGACGGUCCUGUUUUGAACGUGUUCUUGUGGGAUUUUUCUCAUGAUGUAUAAUUAAAGCUACAUUUCUUUAAUCAAUCAUUGUGAAUUAGGAGCCGAUGAAGGAGCAGGUGAAAUGGGCGGGGCAAAGUCUCCCUGCUCCAUUCUGAUUCAUCCACUUGCAGAUAAAUAGAUCCAUGAACGUCUUUGUUUUACCCGUCUGAGCUGGAAUCUGAUUAAAACUGUUGGGCUAAAUAGAUCUGAUACUGCUCGUCAUUUUUGGUGACAAAUGUUAGGUUGGGGAUGUGAGAUAGUGGGGAUGAUGGGAUAUCAGAGGAGGCUUACGUCUUCAUCAACAAUCCCGUACAUAACUUGGAGGCAAAUUUAUGAUGAACUCUUGCAGAAAAUAUGUCUAAGAAAACAACUGUUUUUGAAAAUAAUUUUGGAUAAAAACAGCAAAUACAACAAACAAAAGACCAGUGGGGACGAUUUGACAACAGAUCAAAAGGUGAUUGGAGUGAGUCUUUAAGGGUUGCCACUUAGGAAUAAAUUAAGGAUGAAUGUUGCUGACCCAAAGUUAUCUUUACAUCAGGAGAUGAACGGGUCUUUCUCAUUUUGUUUACUUUUACUAAAAAGUGAAAAUUAAUUACUUUAACUUUAAACUUUAGUUUAAAAACUGACUUUUUUUAAUUGUAAAAGUAGACAAAUUAAAUAAUCAUAAAAAAAUACUGCUUUUAAUGCUCUUCCUCUGUGUACUUUAUGUUUAAUUGCAGCAAAGAAAGAGUACAUUUUCUUGUUUUUGUGACCAUGGUCCUUCUUGGGUUGCCAUGUUCUGCUGUAAUCCAGGUUAAUUCUUAGAAAAAAGAUUUUCUUGCGCAGUAUUUGUCCAACUUUCAGGCAUUUAAAUGACAAAUAUAAGUUUCUUUUGUGCUGUAUGAUAGCCUGUACAUAACUGUUGGUCUUUACUUUGAUUUGCUUCAACUUUUAGCUUCUUUUUAGGACAGACUAUUGUGAAAGCUCACUUUAGAAUCUGGCAACCUGAAUCUCAGACAGAAAUAUUGCUACCAAAAAAAGUGCUUUUUUAAUCACAUAAAACAUAUUUAUAUACUUCAGUUUAUGGCUGAAUAAAUAAAGUGUGCCCAAGUACAAAUUCAUGCAGAUAAAGUUAAUCAUCCCCUUUGUGGGAUCAAUAAAGUUUAUUCUUUUCUACUUUUGCUAUGAAUGCUUUCAUUUUUUUUCCUUGUUUGCAAGUUUCUCUGAUUGAAUAUACUUGUGUGUGUUUGUUAUAUAUGCAUAACAUUUGUAAACUCUUGAGCAUUGGAAAGUGUGUGAUUUUGUUCAUAUGAUGGAAUAAAAAAAGGUUUUCUUCAAUUCCAGUGACGUUUCUUAGGAAGUACUGCUGUUUAUUAGACAAAAAAAAUUCCAACAGUUUCAAUAAAAACACUUUAAUAGAGAAAUAAAAAAAAAGAAAA